AUGUAUAGUGAUGGGACACGAAAGACCAUGUCAGAGCUCCAGCGCAUGGCGGGCGCUACGCGUAUGCGGAUCGCAGAGGAAGGCGCACAACUUGAAACCCUGUCAAAGGCCACCACGAGAGCCCAAAAGCUAGUCGAUAGUAUGUUCAACCUUUUUGCGUCUGGAGCGACUCAUCAUGAAAGGGGGGAAUUGAUGCGAAUUCUCACAUCAGAAGAAUCCGACAUCGAUAUUGGUGGUGUUCCACCCUUUCCUGCUGCAUUAGCGCUGGCGAACGGCCAGCUACCCCAUGUAAGAACCAUUCGAGCUGCCGGGAACAACCGCAUCAACGAUGAAGUCGUCAUAUUUUUGUCUCAAGUCAUUCGUUUUUCAGCAGUGCCUGCGCAGGUGGAACUACUCGACAUUAGCGACACGAAGGUAACGGAGAGGGGGUUGUUAUUUGUACUUGAGAUGAUAUUGGAGAGGGACGAGCCAUUUACCCUUAUUGCAAAGGGCCUCGUCUCCUCUGAGGGUUUUGCACUCGCUGGUGAUCUGACCGGCGUUGGGGAAAGGUUCCGGAAAGUGUUUGAAAUGGUUGUUCUACAACGCAAAUCUGUUAUUAUUUUUUAA